UGCAGACUAUAUUUUCUCACCAUUAUGGUCAACACUGGACUUCCAAGCAAGGAUUGUCACACUUGUCGCCGUCGCCGGGUGAAGUGUGAUCUCGGACGCCCUGGCUGCUUGCGCUGUAAGAAGAUCGGCCAUGACUGUCCCGGCUAUAGGGACUUGAGCAGGCUGGGGUUUAAUUUCCGCAUCCUAACUCCUGAAUCCUACCUGUGCCAUAAGGAUCCGAAUCAUGACCCACAGGUGACAAAAGGUUCCGAACAAGAACAAGAUCAGCAUUUCCGAUUCGCUGGAACGAUACAACCACAACUAGCACUCACAUACACGCCGACUGAUCAAUGGGAGGACCAUGCAAAGCCGCUUGUCAUCAGCCAAUUCACAAUUCUAACCUUGCAGGGUGCUCGUGUGUACGGCUCGUUUGACUUCCUGCCGCAUCUAUUUGAGCGCACCGAUGCCAAAUCUACAUUGCACAAAGUGUGCAAUGCUGUUGCUUCCGCCUGCUUUGACAACCGGUCACGGUCUGACAGUAUGGGAUUUAGCCAUAAAAAGCUUUAUGUCAAGGCCUUGCAAUCCUUAUCAAGUGACGUCUCACACGUGGAGAAGCAGAAGCAAGACCAAACGCUGGUGGCAGUGUGGCUGUUGUGUUUGUAUGAGAUAGCGUAUCCUAUCAUUCAAAUACAGGCGAUACAAGCAGGCCGGCCACCGCCACCAGAAGCAAUCGCAUGGUUGCAUUCGAUGCAGACAUCCCCCGUGGCGAGGGAGAUGCUAUUUCUGCCGGCAUUCUUAUACAGUGAUUUAGCUUGUCGAAUCUACAGUACCAUCCGCGAUUUGAUCGACCAAGGUUCAUGCGAAAAAAUGCUCAAGAGCAUCGACGACGUAAUAGUGGCUUGCAGAAAUCUUGAAUCGUCGAUAGAUGCAGUUAUUACUCAAGGGCCAGGCCCUCAAUCACAGCCAGGUCCAUCGGACGACCUAGCAACAGGACAAACUCAGAGGUGGUUAAUGAACCAGCAUGCCGCGAACUAUCUGAAUGCAUUUCUCUUUCGAGUUUAUGAAGGAAGUGUAGAACUGCUUUCCCAAACACUAGAAGCUCAUGUAUCGCCGAAAAAGCACGCUGAGCUCCUGUGCCAACGCGAGUCUAGCAUUAAACGGUUACUUCACCUGGCAGACCGCAUCAUAGUAUCGCUCCCGCUACUUAUGCCGGCGAAAGUGGCCAGAACUGACCAACGGGGUCCAAGCGUUCCAACAUGGGGACACGCCCUGAAGCUGCUUUGGCCAUUGGGUCUAAUUGCGUGUUCUGCCCAUGUGCACGACAGCCAGCGUGCUGCUGCGAAACUGGGUCUACUUCGAAUAGGCUAUGAGGUUGGGAUUAUGCGUGCGGUAAGAACAUACGCUUAA